AUGAAACAAAUACUUAAAGGACUGAUGAAAAGUUUUUAUCUAUCAACUUUACUUUGUUUAGUGGCUGUUGUAGAAGGUGCCAGUUUUUACAACUAUAGAUUUGCUGAAAAUGAGUACAGUAAAAUUGGCGGCCAAGAGACUUUAUUUCCUUAUUUAGCUGGAGCCGCACCAUACUUCCAAUUUCCUAGUGAUUAUGGCAUUUCUUUACGGAUCCCGCAAGAAUGUGAGUUAAAGCAAGUGCAAUUGGUUGCAAGACAUGGUGAAAGAUUCCCCAGCAAAUCUAAAGGCAAAGCUUUAAUGAAAACUUACAAAAAACUCCAAAAUUAUACUGGAAAUUUCAAGGGUUCUUUAUCAUUUUUGAAUGACCAUAAUUAUCAAUGGUUUUUAGAAGAUCCUUCACAGCUAGAACAAGAAGUCACUUUUGAGAACACAUUAAAUCCCCUAAACCCUUACACUGGUGAACAAGAUGCCAAAUCUCAUGCACAUAACUUUAUUUCGCUGUAUGGUGACUUAUUGAGCAAGGAAUCUAAUAUCGAAUUAUUUUCCUCCAAUUCUAAACGUGUGCAUGACACGGCUUUGUUCUUUGCUCAAGAACUAGCGAACGAGGUGAACUCAACUCACUUGAGUGUUAUCAGCGAAGAUCCUAAGUCCGGUGCAAAUACCCUUACACCCAAAAGCUCGUGUUUAACGUACGAUGAGGAUGAAAAUGCAUCCUAUGUAUCCACUUACUCCGAAGAAUAUUUGGAUCAUAUUGCGCAGAGGUUGAACAACGAAAAUAAAAAUAUUGGCUUAAAAUUGAACAAGACUGACGCAGCUAACUUAUUCACUUGGUGUGCGUUUGAGAUAAGUGUAAAAGGUUAUAGCGAGGCCUGUAAUAUAUUUACUAAUGAUGAACUUGUUCACUAUGCUUAUAAUGAUGAUUUAAGCGAAUACUAUGAGAAUGGGCCUGGUAAUUCUUUAGGGAAGACUGUUGGGUCGGUGCUAUUCAAUGCAUCCGUGGAAUUAUUAAAACAAAGUGAAAAUUUGGAUCAAAAAGUGUGGUUGAGUUUCACGCAUGAUACGGAUAUGAUAAACUAUUUGGCUGGAAUAGGACUUUUUGACAAUGGAAAAAAGAUGAAUGCCUCCUCAGUUUCCUUCCUUGAGCAUGUUUACCAUAGAUCUUGGAUGACACCAAUGGGUGCAAGGCUUUAUACUGAAAAGUUCCAAUGCUCUAACGAAACGUACGUUAGAUAUACUUUAAAUGAUGCAGUUAUCCCAAUCGAAUCAUGUUCCUCGGGCCCUGGUUUUUCUUGUCCCGAACAAAACUUCUAUGCUUAUGCGGAAAAAAAUCUCCAAGGUUUAGACUAUGUUAAAUCAUGUAACAUCAGUUCUUCGAGUAAUCACACUUCUCUCAGCUUCUUUUGGGACUAUAACACUGUUGGAUACAACUCUUCUUUACUUGUAAAGUAG